UCACUCCCAAACCCUUAAAUUAGCGGGGUUCAUGGCAACCAGGAAGGGAAACACCCAAAGAGGUAUAUAACCCUCACCCACAAAGUGGUUGCCUGACUGGUGUAGACUGGAAGGGACAGGGCAGCCAUGAAGACUUUAUGCCUUGCCUUGCUUGUGGCCAUUGUGUUUGUAGAGAAAGGGCACUCGCUCUGGUGCUACCGAUGUGAAGAUGAACCUUCCAACUGGAACUGUAUGAAAAUGGUUAAGUGUGCAGAUACAGACAAAUACUGUUCCACAGUUGUGACCACUAUAGGAAGGGACAAGAACAGCUCAUACCGGCUUAGCAAGAAAUGCACUCCUACCUGUACCGAGAACUUCAUCGACACCGGCUCUGGAUCAGUUUCAACUAACUGCUGCGAUCGUCACUUGUGCAAUAUUAGUGGGGCCAACAGCGUGAAAACAAGUAGCGCGGCUUUGGCUGGAGGGAUCUUGGCCAGCUUCCUCUACAUGUUCCGGUCAGGAUUGUGAGAGCGUGAAGAGAAAGCUCACAUUUUCCAUCUGAAAAGCUAGCAAGACUCACUUGCCAACCCACCAUUGGUAUCUUGAAGCAUCAUGGAUGGGCUUGGUUAUACCCACUGGUCCUCCCUCUGAAUGAGAAACCCACAGAUGGGUACCAUCCUUGGUAUACGUCUGGGGCUACAUCCUCCCAGUUUCCUUGUACUUCUUCUUGUAAAUAUCAUUCGCGUUUUUCAAAACUCAUUACUCAGAUCAUGCAGCAGAUCAUCUCUUGUUACUGUUACUGUAGUCCAGAAAGGUAAAUGACUGAGUUACUAGUUACUAACAAGUUACUGUUACCAUUGUGCCACUGGUUAACAUAGGAAAAUGUUCUCUUGUUCCCCCAAGUGGCCAAUUCAGAUAUGGCAAUUUGGAAUUUCUGAGAAAACUGCAAAAUAUAUUGUCAUACAAUCGUUCCCGGCCCCAGCAUUAGACAGCCACCCAUAUGACCCUUCCUUUCCCCUAUAUUGUUAAUCACACUGAGUCAGUACAUACCCAGCAAUGAGUAAGAUACAGACAACCUAUUACCAUUCCAUUGAGAAGUAGUAAGUUGCAGCCAUGGCCUUUGGGAGCAAAAAGUAAUGCCAUUACAGCUUGUUACUGCAAAAAGCAAUUAGUUACUGUGAUAACUCAUUACAAAACUGGUUACCUCCUAGCUCUGCUUGGUCUUACUUGAGACAAAUAUCUGUCCCAGUUGCUAAGUUAUCCUAAACACAAUAGUUUUCUUCUAGCUGUCUUCCAUUGUACUUGUAUUUCGCUCUGUUAUUCUCCAUAUUUUAAUCAAUCUUUUUCCCUAGCCUUUCCAGAAUUGCACCUUAUUCUACAUCUAAAGCUUCAUUCUGCUGUUUUGAUCCUUUGAUUUGUAGCACUGGACUGUUUGUUAAUAAAAUUUUGCCAUUUAA